GUUCGGGCCGCGCGGAGCAGCCCCGCAGCAUCCUGGGAGCCGUAGUCUGUGGCAAGGGUCUUCGCGCAUGCGCAGUGCGGUCGGCCGCCAUCGCAGCGCCCUGAGCUUGGACAACUGGGACCCGCCUGACGUCGCUGUGCCUAGGUCCUGCGGCUGGCUGAACUUCUGGGCAUCCUGUCAUCCCUGGCAUCUCUGCCUGUUAGGCACAGUCACGUUUUCUGGUGCACUUCUAGAAAAAUGCUGCCUUUGGAGAGGGCGUUUGCCUCCCCCAGGAGCUCCCCGGCCUCCCCUGAGCGGCCCACCCUCAGGUCGGCGGCCAGAGGCCGGCGGGAAGAACCUGAGAACAUCCCUGGGAGGACUGCCGCCGACCUCGAGUUCUCCCGCCUGCGCUUCCGCGAGUUUGUCUACCAGGAGGCUGCCGGGCCCCACCAGACCCUGGCCCGGCUCCAUGAGCUGUGCCGCCAGUGGCUGAGGCCUGAGGCCUGCUCCAAGGAGCAGAUCCUGGAGCUGCUGGUGCUGGAGCAGUUCCUGGGCAUCUUGCCCGACAGGGUCCGGCCCUGGGUGGUGGCCCAGUAUCCGGAGAGCUGCAGGAAGGCGGCCUCCCUGGUGGAGGGCCUCGGAGACGUCCUGGAGGAGCCAGGAAUGCUCUUGUAUUCCCCGGCUGGCUCAUCUUCAUCUUUGAGCGAGGGAGCAUGUGAGAGGCAUGCCGAGCUGCUGUUGCCAGGUGGUCCAGCGAGCCCCAGCAGAGACCCGGGACCUGUGGAGAUCCUAGCAUCCCCUGAGACUCCCUGGCCUGCUCUGCAUCCCGUGCUUCUGGAACAGGGGAGCAGCAGGGAAGAAAGGACCGAAGAAGCCAGUGCUGCGAGAGCCGAGCUGAAGAAGCCGAAGUCAUUUCCAGAGGAGCCUCUGCACUUGGGAGAGUGGGGCCACCUGGAUCCCUCAGAAGAAAACCUGAAGAGCUACAGGAAGCUGCUCCUGUGGGGAUAUCAGCUUUCCCAGCCAGAUGCUGCCCCAGGACUGGAGACAGAGGAGCUUCAUUUGGUGGAAAGAGAAUUGCCAGGAGGCAGCCUCUCAGGCAGCGGGAGGCGGUGGGAAAGCACAGGGAACGUGUGUGAGGAGGUCUCCACGCAGGCAACGCUGAUGGAGAGGCUUGCCGGGGACAUUCCUGUGAACCCCUCAUUGGGCACCACCCAGGAGGAGGAAGAGCAGCCUUGGAAGGUUUCAGAGCCUCAGGAUGGGGAGUUGAGCCCUGUCACUGUCGCCCAGAGGCAGUCAGUCAUCCGGAAGCCUGCCCAGGACUGGGGUGCAGCAAGGCCAGUGACCCCACUGCAAAGUGUUGGCACAAAGAGGCCCCACCCAGAGGAAGUAGAUGAGCAGGGCCCUGAGUGUGUUUCGAGUGCGAGCCAACAGUGUGACACGAGGAAGAAGCUCAAUGCAGCUGGCCGUAGUGCAGGGUUCCAUGCUAGGCAGGACCCAGGUACCUCUGCUGCGGCCUGCCCUGUGGCUGAUGAGCCUGGAACGUCCCGAGGGAAGCCCUAUACCUGCAUUGAGUGUGGGGAGGCCUUCGCGUGGAUCUCACUGCUCAUGGAGCAUCAGAGGAGCCAUAAGAGCAAGAAAUGCUACACGUGCCAGGGCUGCUGUAAAACCUUCCACUUCAGCCUGAUCCCAGUUGAGCACCGGAAGACCCCUGAAGAGGACGACUAUCCCCAGGGCCCCCGCCCUGCCAUCUGUGCAGCCCACUCUGAUGGGAGGUUCAGCAGGCUCCCAGAGUGUAUGGAAGAUGAUGCUUUCCCUGUGCAUCCUGAGGUAUAGAGAGAAAUCGCUAUACUGUGGGUAUCCUGCAAGAUGAGUCUGGCUGGGAGUCCUGAACUGAAUCAGGCCCCUUCAGAGCUGUUCAGUGGUGGCUUCCUGCAGUAUCUGUGUGGACACAGUCUGGUUUUUAAAUGAGCUCUUGUGGCUUAAGCACUUAGAACUAGAAGGCCUGUGGGAAGCCCUCACCUUGUAGUGGACACACCCUGGGCAGGUGCUCACAUAGGAGUGGAAGUCACUGGAGAUGAAAGAAGGUUCUGUUUGCUUCUGCAGCCAUUGUAGUACCACCCGCGUGCUGGAUUGUUUGACAUUGUGCGAAGUGUAGAAUUGCCUUAAAGUAUGUAAUCUGUAGCGCUUUCUUGAAUCUGUCCUUGCCUCAGUUCCUGUUUGAGCUCCCCGAGAUUGUUCAAGCAGAAUUCUUGCCAGCUGUGCUUGAUUUUUCAUGAAUACCUGAUGUCAAAUUCACUUCCGAACCCUCAAAAGCAAAAACUGUUUCCUAGUUCAACUUUGUGUCUUUGUGUAUGCAGUGGCUUACAAAGAUCAUACAAAAGCUUGGAGCCUAAUAAUGGAGGGUUUUCAGACCAUUAGUGAAAUCGUGACAUCAGAUUAGUGGGUGACCAUCAGCCUUGUAAAACAAUGAAGUAGAAUCAACUAGGUCAGAAUGCAUCAUGUAGUAAAGGCAAAUACUGUUUUGUGAAACUUCCAGCUAUCGAUCGAAGGAUAAGAAUUAGCUGUGCUGUAAAGUGUAUUUCUUACUGGGGUUGAUCAAAGGUUGAUGAGGCAGUCUCUCUGCGUGAACAAAGGAAACUAAACUUCCUGGGCUUCAGAAGGUAUCUUUCGAUUUGUGUUUAGUCUCAGAUCAUAGCAUUGUUUCCAUUGCCUGAGCAUAAAUCACUGUAGAUAAACUGGUGCCUCUUUCCUUCACUGUGUUUGAGCAGGCAAUCUGUUGUAACAACCCCAAGUCACAGAAACUUAACAUAAUAAAGACUUUAUUUCUUCAGUCA